UGGUGCCGUCCGAUGACGUUACGCGCGGGAGGGCAAACGUGGUUCGGAUUGUGUGCGGAAAAGGAGCUCCGGGGGAGGACGACGUUACAACACAACAACUGCCAAGAAUGACCCGAGAUUGGAAGCCCGGUGAUCUGAUUUUCGCCAAAAUGAAGGGUUAUCCCCACUGGCCGGCGAGAAUUGACGUAGUCCCAGAUGGCGCCGUAAAACCCUCCAACAUCAAAUUACCCAUCUUCUUCUUUGGUACCCAUGAAACCGCCUUCCUUGGCCCCAAAGAUAUCUUUCCGUACCACCCCAACAAGGAGAAGUACGCCAAACCCAACAAGAGGAAGGGCUUCAACGAAGGACUUUGGGAGAUCGAGAACAACCCCAAAGUGGAACUGACAGCACCAAAGCCGAUUUGUCCAGAGUCUUUGUCUGUGAAGGAUUCUGAUGCUGGUUUAGAGGGAGAUGAGACGAUGGAUGUUAAGGAAACAAAUUCAUUAGAUGUACCACAAAAUGGCCCCUCAACCUUUCAGGUUACAGGAAGGGAGGCAGAGGAAGGGGAGGAGGAAGACGAAGGCCCUAUGAUCACUGAGCCAGUUCCUCAGAAGCAGGAUGACUCAACACAGGCGGAGGCACCUAAACCCAAAAGAGGACGAAAAAGAAAGAAUGAGGGUGAGCAGGACGCCGAGCCAGCAGAAGCUCCCCCAGUAAGCCCAGUCAGUCCUGCAGGUGGGGAGGCGCCAAAACGACGAGGCAGGAAGCCCAAAAGUGAAAAGUUGCUUUUGCUGCAGCAUCAGGACCGGCCGGGCUCGGGAAGUGAAAUAGACUCCUCUGAGUUGGACAAAAAGAGGAAGAGGGCAGCAGAGGACAAGUCCAAAAGUGGCGAGGAGGACAAGCGAAGGAAGGAGGACGCCAAGGCAAAAGACGGCGAGGUUAAAGAGCCGGACGCCAAGAAGAAGAAGCCUCCUAAAGAGGGCAACUCAUCGGGCGCUUCGGAUGAUGACGAGAAGACCAAAGGCAGAAAAAAGCAUCAGAACUCCGACAUGGACAAAGACGCACGACGGCGAAAAGAUGAGGCAAACAAGGAUGACACCAAGAAAACCGAAGAGCGAUCCGGGGCUAAGAAAAAGGAAAUCUCCACAGAUGUCAAGCUUCAGCGUCUCCACAGUGAAAUCAAGAUUUCGCUAAAGAUAGACAACCCCGACAUAAAGAAGUGCCUGGAUGCCCUGGACGAGAUCAGCACACUUCAAGUGACCACUCAGCACCUGCAGAAGCAGAGUGAACUCAUCGCCACACUGAAGAAGAUCCGCAGGUUUAAAGCCAGCCAGGACGUGAUGGACAAAGCCAGCAUGCUGUACAACAAGUUUAAGAGCAUGUUCCUGGUGGGCGAGGGCGAGUGCAUGCUCAGCAAGGUGCUCAACCGCUCCUUGGCCGAGCAGCGCCAGCACGAGGAGGCUAAGAAGGGGACGCUGAAGAAAGCAGAGCAAGCGCAGGAGAACAAUACGGAUAAGGAAGGAGAUCAGAGCACGGAGGAGAACAAGCAGGAGCCGCGGGAAGAUGCCUCUACGGGGGAGAACCUCAGCACUCCUGUUGCUCAGGAGGCCUCCACCUGACUCCCCGCUCCGGUCCCUCGAGGUCUUCACACUGGAACGUCCCGUCCGGUCGCUCGCGACCGAUCACCUUGACUGGUUCCCACUUUACUGACCUUUGUUGUCAAAAUUGCUGCUUCAAGUUGUGAGUUCUUCGGUAGUCGUAGUAGCAGACAAUACAGUUUGCAAGCUUUUACAGUUACCGUAGUUGAAAGAAGAAAAUAUUUCAUUCCAAAAAAAAUGUUCAAGUGUCUUUAAAAGUUGUUUCUUCUUGUUUGUAAAUAAGAGUUAUUUUUGUGCCUUUUAAAUGUUUCAGCGUUAAAUAAAGUAGUGUAACGUA